GAGCUGCAGAACAAAGAGACCAUUCUCAAGAUGGGCAACAAUAAAAGUUGUGCUCUUUCUAAAGACCUACUGGAGGAUCUAAAAUCCAACACUACAUACACAGAAGAGCAACUUUACGCCUGGUAUCAGGCUUUUCUUAAAGAGUGCCCGAGCGGAUAUAUCAGCAGGGAGCAAUUUGAGAGCAUCUACGUCAGGUUCUUUCCUGAUGCAAACCCAAAAGCCUACGCCCAGCACGUGUUUCGAAGUUUCGAUUCGGAUAGCAACGGCACACUUGAUUUUAAAGAGUUUAUUGUGGCACUGCAUCUCACCUCCUCUGGAAAAACUAUCCAGAAACUCGAGUGGGUCUUCGCCUUGUUUGAUGUGGACAAGAACGGCAGCAUAACAAAAAAUGAGAUCAAUGAAAUUGUUAAGUCAAUUUUUACCAUGAUCUCUGAAGAGGACCAGAAAAACCUCCCAGAGGAUGAAAACACACCUGAAAAAAGAACAGCAAAAAUAUGGGCCUUUUUUGGGAAAAAAGAAAAAGAUAAAAUUACAGAAGGAGAGUUCAUUAAGGGAGUGAUGGACAAUAAGAACAUCCUCAGACUGAUCCAGUUGGAUGAACCUCAGAAGAUUUAAAACAGAUUGAAACAAAAGAAGUAGUAGUAUUUGCAGUAUUGUUUUUAACUGAUAAUUUGUACAAUUUUCAUGAUAGGUUAAUGUCAUGUUUAUUAUAUUUUUCAAAAUCAUUUAUAACAACAUUAAUAAGGACAGACACAAGACUAGAAAUUGCAAUUAUACACUACACCAUUUUAAGUGGCUCAAUAAUGAAAAUAAAGUAGACUACUCUUUGUUUCACAAUAUACAGCUAAAAGUUUGUUAAAAGCAGCUAUUUAUUAAAGACAUGAUAUAUUCACAGUUUCCACCUAGACAUAUUUUAAUAUUGUUUGUUAAUCAAUUCUCUGGUUCAUCUGUUUGCCAUUACAUUUUUAAGAUCGAAUUACUGUAGAAGUGCACUUUACAGCGUCAUUGGUUUCCAUAUGACUUCAAUAAGUUAAACUGACAAGGAAAUGUACAUGGUAUACUGUAGGAUCUUAUGCAAUAUGUGGCAAUGACCAAUGUAUAUUUGAUUCAUUACUGAAAUACUGGUAAAGUAAAUCUAUAGGAGAUAAUUUACGCUUGGAAAAUGUUCUUUUCCCAAUCUGUAACUGUGGCACAUGUUGGAAAUAUAUAAAAAAUUCCAUUUAUUCAUGAUAUACAGUAUAUGCUACAUUUA